AUGCCCGUGAUCGUGGCGGUGUUAUACCUGAGCGUUGAUCGAGGGCAAAAUGUUGAAAAUCAUGACAUCAUCCAGUGUAUCACUGAAGACGUUGGACGUUGGGGUUCCAAUAGGGAGGUUCUGGUGAUGGGGGACUUUAACGGGCAUGUCCAACUUAUCGAUGGUUACCAAGACCGUAACGGUGGGCUGAUGCUGCAGCUAGCCGAAAGGCUCUCCCUUGAAGUUGCCAACCUCCGCCCCGACUGCAUAGGCGAAACUACAUGGAGUGCUAGAAAUAGCCGCUCCUGCAUCGACUAUGCCCUCACGUCGCCAAACUUGACAGCCCAUAUGACAAGAGUACACGUGGACGAGAGCGGACAGUUUAGUUUGGGCAGCGACCACAACCGCAUCGCCCUGACAUUCUCUGCCUCCGCCCAUCGAGUCCACCGGACAGAUCGUUGCAAGUCAGUCAGACAGUAUCUGCCGGCAACGUCCUUUGAGAGAGUGGCGGGUGAUUUUGAGAAGAGUGGUAUACACAUGCGACAAACCACAUACGCCGAGUUCAUCGAUGAGCUGCAUCACACUAUGCGUCGUUACGAGAAGCGAGUCCACUCCCGCGGUGGCACUAAACGCAAGGCCUGGUGGGACCAGCAGGUGAAAACAGCCCUCGAGGCGCGACGCGCGGCGAAUCGCGCACAUCGCAACGCGGCGAGGUCUCUCUCGACCGAAGAAUGUCACCAGGCGUGGCAGGAAUUCUUAAAACGCAAGAAAGACAUGCAACAAAUCGUACAGAAGAAGAUCACCGAAAGUAACCAGAAGCAAUUGCGGACUAUUACGGAAGCUGGCCGCAGCGGACCACAAAAAUUCUGGGCGUACAUCUCUUCGCUUGACCGCGAGGCCCCUCGCCCUAUUCUCCGCGAUGCAGCAGGCGAAGAGGUUACAGACGCUGAGGAACAUCUCACGGCCUACAUGCAACAGCUAUACAAUAGUUCGAUACCAGUACAACAGGUAAGAUCGACUGUGCCUCGUGACAAAGAGCGGGAGAGGGGCAGCACCCCAGCGGAUUGCGACCCUGUUCCUGAAGACUGGCUCCGCGGUAGAGUAUGCCUGAUACCUAAGAAGGGAGGACGCAGUGCCCAACUACAAGACUAUAGGCCACUCACGGUCACCAGUGUGCUCUACCGAAGCUUCAUGCAGGUCAUCAAAAGCUGGAUGAACGCGUGGGCGGAGAAGAGCGGGACACUCACGGAGCUGCAAAAUGGCUUUCGGCAGAAACGGCGGGUCGAGGACAACCUAUUUGUGCUCAUGCAGUGCAUUGAGAUUGCGCGCAAGGAAUCGCGAGGUUUACUCGCCUGUUUCCUGGACGUAGCCAAAGCCUACGACAGCGUGCCGCAUAACCUCCUCCUAUCUCGCAUGGAUGACCUCGGCAUGCCGCCCGUGUGGAUCGACCUACUUCGCCGACUCUACACUGCGAGUCUUGAGCACGCCCUUCUAAAUUUGGACGUGGGGUUCACACUCAACUUCUCGUUUGACAGCACCCCAACAACUUGGACGAUUCCUGGCCUUGUUUUUGCGGACGACCUUGUGCUACUGGCCGAAAAUGAAGCCCAACUGCAGCAGCUGGUUGAAACAUCAGCCAAACACCUUGGAACCUUGGGCCUAGCCUUCAAUUCGAGGAAGUCGGCGGUAGUACAGUUCUCUGGGGACCGGGAAAAUCCGACUAUGGUGCUCCCAGAUGGCGAGAGGCUCCCGGCAGCGGAAGAGUACCGCUAUCUUGGUGUAGUGCUUAGUGCCUCAGAUGGUGUCAACGCGGAACACGAGGCGCACCUGAGACAAUCGGCACAGCGGGCCAGUCGCAUACUGCGCCGACAAUGCCUGUGGGGCUGUAGCCGAUAUCUCAUGGUGCGCGAGCUGUGGAAGUCAGUGCAUGUGCCUGGACUGACCUUCGCGAACUCAACCAUAUGCCUGACGGCACCAACCCGUGAUUGGCUAGAACGUGGGCAGCGAGAGGUAGGCCGCCUGGCCCUGGGCUGCCAUGGCCGAGUUGCCGUAGAGGCCAUCCAGGGCGAUGUCGGCUGGUCCUCCUUCGAGGCUCGAGAGGCCAAGAGCAAAAUUGCGUUUGAGUGCCGUCUGCGCAACAUGGAUGACGCUAGGUGGGCGCGCAGGGUGUUUAGGUACGUCUACCUUAAAGGCAUCCAGACACAAUGGAGGUCGCGUGUCCAGUUCCUGAGGCGAAAAUAUGGCCUCUUGAACUAUUCGGAAACCGGAGGAGCCAGGUGUGAGACGGCUAAAGGAGUUCAGGACCAUGUGCGUGAGACAGAGCGAGAGCUGUGGAAAUCGGCUAUGGCCUCGAAGACGACGCUCCGCCUGUACUGCGACAACAAGGGGACCAUCACACCGGAGCCGAUCUACGACAACAGUGGUGGCAGCGCCCUCCUAUUCGAGGCGCGUGCGGGCGCACUCCGAACUCUUGACUACCGCAGCCGGUUUGACUGCGCCCCCGAGGUGCAGGCCGCUGUGUGCAGGGUAUGCGGUAGCGAGCGGGAGACGGCGGAGCAUCUGGUCCUUAACUGUGCGAAGUUGUCUCCCACCCCAAAAGAAGGCACCACCAUGCCGCAGGCCCUCGGAUUUCUCGACGUGGAGGUGGCCGCUGCUUCGAGGGCGUAG